AUGCAGACCACAAGUGCCUCAAGCUCUAUUUCCUUCAAACCCGUAGUGACGGUGGGUUCAGUUAUGCAUGAACCGCGAAAACCCGCCUAUAGACGAGUGACACCGCAACCACAAGAUCUUCCAAUGCAUAAAAAGCAGCCAACACACUAUUCCAUGCAUGCAGCGGGUUCAUUUAUGCCGAACUCCACUUCACCAUCUAUACUGGCGACAACAUGUGAUCAACAGAAGGCAUUUAUGCCUACCUUUACGCCUCUCGUGACUUGUGUGGAAGAUGAGGCGGACGAGACUUCACGGGAAUUACGAUCCUUUGAAAAGAAUCUGAGGCGAUUACACCGCCAAUCCUCACGAUCAUCCACCGCGAGAGGACGAAGUUCUUCCAUGAUAAGUGAUGAUGUAAGCGAAAGUCUACGUGCAAGUCGUCCAUUAACACCAUUAGAAGAGGCACAAACUUUAGUACAGCCUCCAUUACAGAGGACUGUUGUUAAUUUACUUCCUCGUCUUUUUUCUGAACUUCUUUUGGAGAAUAACAGUAUUGUUUUUAGAUUACGUGAACUCGGUCGAGAUAGGGUCUUGCGUCAACUUGGAAUUGAUGGAAAACGAUUAGGUAUGCGGGAAGUAACUUCGAGAGAGUUGUUUUUUCUCUUGGGAUGUAUCUUGGAUGAGAAAUCCAUAAUGAGAAGUGAUGUUGAAUAUCUAUUUCGUUUUUUUGACUGGAGUGGAAAGGGUGCGAUGGAUUUUAAAGAUUUACUUUCCAGUGUGAGUCUCCUCUUUGUAUCGACGACCAUGCUAGCAGCGGUCCACUGCAGACGCAUACUAGGUGAACGUGUACUCGACGAUAGCGUUAUUGCCCUUGCAGAUGUGGAAGUAAUGUUCACAGCACUAAACGAUAUAUUUGCUGCGGAGCUGGAAGAAGUACCUGCACUGUGUAAUGAGGUACGCCGUGCUGUAGAGGAAGUAAUGCCAACUUAUACCGUUCCUGUUUCUACUCUACGUGAAGAAGUGGGACGCUUUCCAACGUUAACACAAUGUCUAUCAGCCAUUCAAUGGGAUGGUACGAUUGAUUGGAAGAGUGUACGCCGUUCAGCUCCAGUAAAUGAUCACAAUCGUACACGUGAGGAAUUGCAGAGAGAUUUGGUGCGGGCUGCAGUGGCAGAGGGACGAGAAACAAGUGUUGAAACCGUAUGUGAACAAGAGAAUGAAUUGUGCAUGGAUGUAUGCCAUCCCCGUUUUGUAGCGGAUCAGUACCGUGUCCAUGGGGUUCAUAAAUAG